AUGAAAGGUGGCUGUGUCUCCCAGUGGAAGGCGGCCGCCGGGCUCCUCUUCUGUGUCAUGGUUUUUGCAUCUGCCGAGAGACCGGUCUUCACGAAUCAUUUUCUUGUGGAGUUGCAUAAAGGAGGAGAGGAAGAAGCUCGCCAAGUUGCAGCAGAACACGGUUUUGGAGUCCGAAAGCUCCCCUUUGCUGAAGGCCUGUAUCAUUUUUAUCACAAUGGUCUGGCAAAGGCCAAGAGGAGACGCAGCCUGCACCAUCAGCAGCAGCUGGAGAGAGACCCCAGGGUAAAGAGGGCCUUGCAACAGGAAGGGUUCAACCGAAAAAAGCGAGGGUAUAGAGAUAUCAACGAGAUCUACAUCAACAUGAACGACCCUCUUUUUACGAAGCAGUGGUAUCUGAUCAAUACCGGGCAAGCUGAUGGUACUCCUGGCCUUGACUUGAAUGUGGCAGAAGCCUGGGAGCUGGGAUACACAGGGAAAGGUGUUACCAUUGGAAUUAUGGAUGAUGGGAUCGACUAUCUCCACCCGGACCUGGCCUCAAACUAUAACGCCGAAGCAAGCUACGACUUCAGCAGCAACGACCCCUAUCCUUACCCUCGAUACACAGAUGACUGGUUUAACAGCCAUGGGACCCGAUGCGCUGGGGAAGUUUCUGCAGUCGCCAACAACAACAUCUGCGGAGUCGGAGUGGCCUACGGCUCCAAGGUCGCAGGGAUCCGGAUGCUGGACCAGCCCUUCAUGACGGACAUUAUCGAGGCCUCCUCCAUCAGCCACAUGCCUCAGCUGAUAGACAUUUACAGCGCCAGUUGGGGCCCCACCGACAACGGGAAGACGGUGGACGGGCCCCGGGAGCUCACACUCCAGGCGAUGGCGGACGGCGUGAACAAGGGCCGAGGGGGCAAAGGCAGCAUCUACGUGUGGGCCUCAGGGGACGGCGGCAGCUACGACGACUGCAACUGCGACGGCUACGCCUCGAGCAUGUGGACCAUCUCCAUCAACUCGGCCAUCAACGACGGCAGGACCGCCCUGUACGAUGAGAGCUGCUCCUCCACCCUGGCCUCCACCUUCAGCAACGGGCGCAAGCGAAACCCCGAAGCCGGAGUGGCAACCACAGAUUUGUACGGCAACUGCACCCUGAGGCAUUCUGGGACAUCCGCGGCUGCUCCCGAGGCAGCUGGAGUGUUUGCACUGGCUUUAGAGGCUAACCUGGGUCUGACCUGGAGAGACAUGCAGCAUCUGACCGUGCUCACCUCCAAACGGAACCAGCUUCAUGACGAGGUCCAUCAGUGGCGGAGGAACGGGGUCGGCUUGGAGUUUAAUCACCUCUUUGGCUACGGGGUGCUUGACGCAGGCGCCAUGGUGAAAAUGGCCAAAGACUGGAAAACUGUGCCUGAGAGGUUCCACUGUGUGGGAGGCUCCGUGCAGGACCCUGAGAAAAUACCACCCACCGGCAAGCUGGUGCUGACGCUCACCACCGCCGCCUGCGAGGGGAAGGAGAACUUCGUCCGCUACCUGGAGCACGUGCAAGCUGUCGUCACGGUCAACGCGACCAGGCGAGGGGACCUGAACAUCAACAUGACGUCCCCCAUGGGCACCAAGUCCAUCCUGCUGAGCCGGCGGCCACGGGACGACGACGCCAAGGUGGGCUUCGACAAGUGGCCUUUCAUGACCACCCACACCUGGGGGGAAGAUGCCCGGGGGACCUGGACCCUGGAGCUGGGCUUCGUGGGGAGCGCGCCCCAGAAGGGGGUGCUGAAGGAGUGGACACUGAUGCUCCACGGCACGCAGAGCGCCCCGUACAUCGACCAGGUGGUGAGGGAUUACCAGUCCAAGCUGGCCAUGUCCAAGAAGGAGGAGCUGGAGGAAGAGCUGGACGAAGCGGUGGAGAGAAGCCUGAAGAGCAUCCUGGGUGAGAACUAA